AUGGCAAUUAUGGAUACAGCUAACGUAGGUUAUUCUUACCAUUUGCCUUCAGGCGGGUGGAACUAUAAAAUUCGUAACACACUAUCACAGUUUAGUGAUUUAUUUAGCGAGUUUAACAAAUAUAUUGCUCCUGCAUAUCACCACGACCGUUGUGAGAGGUCGGUCCAAAUGAGGAUUUACUCAAUGCACAAAGGAGAAUUCGUGAUGGUUUUUAUAGCAUUUUUUGCUUGCUUCGGGCUGGGUGUCUUCAUAGGAUUAGCAGGUCCGUCCCCAACGUCCACAACUUCAAUAUCGGCAAGCGCGUUGUUGCCGAAUAAGAGUGUUAUAUACCGCGGGCCCUUCCAUUUGCACAGUCCCGCGCUCGGCACUCGCGUCCAACAACUGUGGCUGUUAGCCGAAAUUCUUACUGAAAAUAACGAUGAGGAGAUAUUCGAUAAAAGCUUCCAAAUAAGUAUAUCAAUAGAUGGCGUUUUAAGUGAUCAUAGUACGACGAAUCUUGUACCUGAGUCAGAAGCCACUAAUAGAACGCAACAUUUAAAAUGUAAAAAGCAAAUUUGCGAAGAAGUGAUGGUCCUACAUUUAGGUUCUUUAGAGUACACGCAUUAUUUUCUCGAUAUACAAUUUUAUGGACUCAAAGAGUUUCAUAAGCGAUAUAUUAUAAGGGAAAUAGUGUUCUAUUUCAAAACCUACAACCCCGCCUUCACUCAGAUGGAGACGUGGUUUCGGUUCAUCUUCCUUCUCACAACUUUUAACGUCGCUUGUUGGUUCGCUCAUACUUUACGAAAGUAUUCCACUCAGGAUUGGGCGAUCGAACAAAAAUGGCUGUCUAUAUUAUUGCCGCUACUUUUACUCUAUAAUGACCCAAUAUUUCCCCUGCGCUUAGUGACAGGAGGAUGUUUCGCGCCAUUAUUGGACACGAUAUUUCAAACUACAUUUUUGGCGUGUGUUCUGUUGUCUUGGCUCGCGCUUUACCAUGGAUUAAGACAAAAUGAAAGGGGUUUUGUAUCCUUCUACUUGUUUAAAGUGAUAGUAGUAGGCCUAAUGUGGGUUCCCGCUAUGAUAGUGGCAGUGUGGCAAAAGUACUAUGCGUAUUACGACCCGACCUUCAAUUAUUUUAUGAAUCCCAAUUACCCUGUGGUAAAAAUAAUGUUUUUUGUGGCUGUAACAUUAUAUACCUUGUACUUGCUCGUACUUAUUGUUAAAGCUUAUAGUGAUUUAAGAAACAUGCCAUAUUUUGACAUAAGACUUCGCUGCCUAUCCAUAAUAGUCGGUACAGUGACAUUUAUUACCAUGGUGUUAGCCCUUCACUCAUGGGGCCCAGCCGCCUUACAGGACCAUUGGGCGUCUCAACCGAAAGUGCAUUACGACACAUCUGCACCUUUCAUGGCUUUAUACGGUCUUUUCAACUUCAAAAUGUAUAUUUUAGCCUAUCUAUUCUCACCAGGGGGUGGGGGUAUACACGAAACUGCUAUAACCAAAGACAAUCCAGCAUUUUCUAUGAUCAACGACUCGGAUGAAGAUGUUAUCUAUGGUUCCGACGAAGAGAGUCGACGUCCGCUGAACUCUCACUCACAUAGAGCGACCACUGAAGAUAUA